AUGGAAGGCGCUGCCCCAAAAGUCAUCGAGAACAGUGAGGGCAUGCGCACCACACCCUCGAUCAUCGGCUUUGGCAGUGAGCAGAGACUGGUCGGCAUCCCGGCAAAGCGCCAGGCCGUGACCAACCCGGAGAACACCAUCUUCGCCGCUAAGCGGCUGAUCGGUCGAUCCUACGACGACGAGGCCACGCAGAAGGACAAGAAAAUCCUUCCGUACAAGAUCAUCAAGGCGCCAAACGGCGACGCCUGGGUUGAGGCGGAGGGCAAGCAGUAUUCACCUAGUCAGAUCGGUGCCUUUGUCCUGACCAAGAUGAAGGAGACUGCCGAAAGCUAUCUUGGACGCAAUGUCGGCAAGGCAGUCAUCACCGUGCCAGCCUACUUCAACGAUGCACAGCGCCAAGCGACGAAGGAUGCUGGCAAGAUCUCCGGCCUGGAGGUCUCGCGAAUCAUCAAUGAACCUACAGCAGCAGCGCUUGCCUUCGGCAUGGAGAAGCAGGACGGCCAAGUCUUGGCUGUGUACGACCUUGGUGGUGGCACCUUCGACAUCUCUGUGCUGGAGAUCUCAGGGGGCGUCUUCGAGGUGAAGGCGACCAACGGUGACACCUCCUUGGGAGGGGAGGACUUCGACCACACCAUUCUGACCUUCUUGGUCGAGGAGUUCAAGAAGUCUCAGGGCAUCGACUUGUCCAAAGACAGGCUAGCUCUGCAGCGUCUGCGCGAGGCAGCAGAGACAGCCAAGAUUGAGCUGUCCAGCAAGGUCCAGACUGACGUGAAUCUCCCCUUCAUCACCGCGGACCAGACAGGCCCCAAACACUUGAACAUCCAGGUCUCGAGGUCAAAGCUCGAGCAGCUCGUGGAGCCGUUGCUGACCCGGACCAAGGCUCCCUGCGAGGCCUGCAACAAGGAUGCUGGUGUCAAGCCCGAUGAGAUCAACGAGGUGCUCCUCGUUGGCGGCAUGACGCGGAUGCCAAAGGUCACCGAGCUGGUGCGCUCCAUCUACGGCAAGGACCCAUCGAAGGCGGUGAACCCCGACGAGGCUGUCGCCAUGGGCGCUGCCAUCCAGGCCGGUGUUCUCAAGGGCGAUGUGAAAGAUGUGCUCCUGUUGGAUGUGACGCCGCUCUCGCUGGGCAUUGAGACCCUUGGGGGCGUUUUCACGCGCCUCAUCAACAGGAAUACGACAAUCCCCACAAAGAAGUCACAAGUCUUCUCCACCGCAGCGGACAACCAGACGCAGGUGGGCAUCAAGGUCUUCCAGGGUGAGCGUGAAAUGGCCGCAGACAACCAGAUGCUGGGGCAGUUCGAUCUCGUCGGCAUUCCUCCGGCACCACGAGGUGUCCCUCAGAUCGAGGUGGCCUUCGACAUUGAUGCUAACGGCAUCGUGAACGUCAGCGCGUCUGACAAGGGCACCGGCAAGAAGCAGGCUAUCACCAUCCGUUCCAGCGGCGGCCUCUCAGACGCUGAGGUGGAGCGCAUGGUCCAAGAAGCGGAGCAGAUGAGAGAAACCGACCAAAGAAAGAAGGACACUGUGCAUGCCAAGAACGAGGCCGAGACCCUGGCCUACCAGGCAGAGAAGCAGCAAACAGAGCUGAAGGAUAAGAUGAGCACCGCAGACUCAGAUGAGCUCAAGAAGCUGACGGAGGACCUUCGGGCCUGCCUCGCUAACGACGACGCCGACCUGGACGACAUCAAGCAGAAGACCAAGGAGCUUCAGGACAAAGUCUGGAAGAUCACGCAGCAGGCAUACCAGCAAGGAUCGGCCAGCGAGGACUCCGGCGCAAAGCCUGAGGAGGAGGAGAAGAAGGAGAAAGAGGACAAGGAGAAGAAGUGA